UGGACUCUCAAUUUACAUUCGCAGUGAAACGGUAACCACACUCGAGCUCUUUUUUCUUGCGUUUGGCCGUCUCUGCGAAAAAUUCGAGCAGAUCGAUAGCUUCAUCGUCCAUCGAUGGCGGAAGCUCAAGCUGUCAAUACCCCAAGCAUCUUCGAGCAAUAUCUCUUAAAGGGAAAAGAGGAGAAACAAGAUGUGGGUCCAAAGUCUUCGGAAGUAAAAGAAGCUGAGAUUCCUGUUAGUGCUGCUUAUGAGGAAGUUGCCUCUCAGAAAACUGAGGAAAUGCCUGCAGCUGUUGCUGAAGAAAGCACCCAAUUUACAUCUGCUGUGACUGAAGGGAGUAGUGCUGCCAGCCCUGCAACUGAUGGAAACAGCAUCGAACCUGCUCCAGCUGCUGAAGAAGGCAGUGAAAGUACUGAAGAGGAGACUCCAGGCAAUCAAGAAGCUGCUGAAGAGACGCCAGAGAUUAAGCUGGAGACAGCCCCAGGAGAUUUUCGUUUCCCAACUACCAAUCAAACUAGGCAUUGCUUUACUCGAUAUAUCGAGUAUCAUCGGUGCACAGCUGCUAAGGGAGAAGGUGCUCCAGAGUGUGAUAAGUUUGCAAAGUAUUAUCGCUCUCUCUGUCCUGGCGAAUGGGUAGAGAGAUGGAAUGAGCAGAGGGAGAAUGGCACCUUUCCGGGUCCUCUGUAGGUGGCAUCUGUCUUGGUUAAUGGUUUGGUUCCAGCUGUUAUAGCUGCUGAAUCAAUUACUUGAAUUUCUUCAUUGGAAAGUGAUUUCUUAGGGAAUGGCAUAUUUAAUUAAGUAUGGGAGUUAAUAAUAAAUUCUGACUUGUUUAUCAGAGUUUCAGAACCAGCCCAAUUCGGAAAUACAAAGAAUGUAUGCUCAUAAGAUGAAGGCGUUAGCCCUGUUUUUCAUGUCAAAAUUUUCUACAUUACCUGCUCUCUUAUGUUACAGCUGGCUGGAUGGGAUUGUAAGUAAACUUGCCACAUAAUAAAGAUAAUUGUUUUAGCAUA